AGGGCGGGGGAGGAGGAGGAGCGAGCCGGACCAGGGGGCGGCUGCACAAUCUCCGGGAUCCCCAGGCCUGGAGGGGGGUCUGCGCGCGGCCGGCUGGCUCUGUCCCGCGUCCGGUCCCGAGCGGGCCUCCCUCGGGCCAGCCCGAUGUGACCAAGCCCAGCUGAGCCUGAGCAAGGAGCGGGUCCGUCGCGGAGCCGGAGGGCGGGAGGAACAUGACAUCGCGGAGAUGGUUUCACCCAAAUAUCACUGGCGUGGAGGCAGAAAACCUACUGUUGACAAGAGGAGUUGAUGGCAGUUUUUUGGCAAGGCCCAGUAAAAGUAACCCUGGAGACUUUACACUUUCUGUUAGAAGAAAUGGAGCUGUCACUCACAUCAAGAUCCAGAACACUGGUGAUUACUAUGACCUGUAUGGUGGGGAGAAGUUUGCCACCUUGGCUGAGUUGGUCCAGUAUUACAUGGAACAUCAUGGGCAAUUAAAAGAGAAGAAUGGAGAUGUUAUUGAGCUCAAAUAUCCUCUGAAUUGUGCAGAUCCUACCUCUGAAAGGUGGUUUCAUGGACACCUCUCUGGGAAAGAAGCAGAGAAAUUACUAACUGAAAAAGGAAAGCAUGGUAGCUUUCUUGUACGAGAGAGCCAGAGUCACCCCGGAGAUUUUGUUCUCUCUGUGCGCACUGGUGAUGACAAAGGGGAGAGCAAUGACGGCAAAUCUAAAGUGACCCAUGUCAUGAUUCGCUGUCAGGAACUAAAAUACGAUGUUGGUGGAGGAGAGCGGUUCGAUUCUUUAACAGAUCUUGUGGAACAUUACAAGAAGAAUCCUAUGGUAGAAACUUUGGGUACAGUACUGCAACUCAAGCAGCCCCUCAACACAACUCGUAUUAAUGCUGCUGAAAUAGAAAGCAGGGUUCGAGAACUAAGCAAAUUGGCUGAGACCACAGAUAAAGUCAAACAAGGCUUUUGGGAAGAAUUUGAGACACUACAACAACAGGAGUGUAAACUUCUCUACAGCCGUAAAGAAGGUCAAAGGCAAGAAAAUAAAAACAAAAAUAGAUAUAAAAACAUUCUGCCCUUUGAUCAUACCAGAGUUGUCCUCCAUGACGGUGAUCCCAAUGAGCCUGUUUCAGAUUACAUCAACGCAAAUAUUAUCAUGCCCGAAUUUGAAACCAAGUGCAACAAUUCAAAGCCCAAAAAGAGUUAUAUCGCCACACAAGGCUGCCUGCAAAACACGGUGAAUGACUUUUGGCGGAUGGUAUUCCAAGAGAAUUCCCGAGUGAUUGUCAUGACAACAAAAGAAGUGGAGAGGGGAAAGAGUAAAUGUGUCAAAUACUGGCCUGAUGAAUAUGCCCUAAAGGAAUAUGGGGUCAUGCGCGUUAGGAAUGUCAAAGAAAGUGCUGCUCAUGACUAUACAUUAAGAGAACUUAAACUUUCGAAGGUUGGACAAGCUUUACUCCAGGGGAAUACGGAGAGAACGGUCUGGCAAUACCACUUUCGGACCUGGCCGGACCAUGGAGUGCCCAGUGACCCUGGCGGUGUGCUGGACUUCUUGGAGGAGGUCCACCACAAGCAGGAGAGCAUCAUGGACGCAGGGCCGGUGGUGGUGCACUGCAGUGCUGGAAUUGGCCGGACUGGGACUUUCAUCGUGAUUGAUAUCCUUAUUGACAUCAUCAGAGAGAAAGGUGUUGACUGUGACAUUGACGUUCCAAAAACCAUCCAGAUGGUGCGAUCUCAAAGGUCAGGAAUGGUCCAGACAGAAGCACAGUACCGAUUUAUCUAUAUGGCCGUCCAGCAUUAUAUUGAAACACUACAGCGCAGGAUUGAAGAAGAGCAGAAAAGCAAGAGGAAAGGGCACGAAUAUACAAAUAUUAAGUAUUCUCUAGCGGAUCAGACCAGUGGAGAUCAGAGCCCCCUCCCGCCUUGUACCCCAACGCCGCCCUGUGCAGAAAUGAGGGAAGAUAAUGCUAGAGUCUAUGAAAACGUGGGCCUGAUGCAGCAGCAGAAAAGCUUCAGAUGAGAAGAACUGCCAAAACUUCAGCACAGAAAUAGAUAAUGGACUUUCACCCUUUUCCCUAAAAAGAUCAAGAACAGAUGCAAGAAAGUUUAUGUGAAGAAUGAAUUUGGAUUCGGAAGGCUUGCAUUGUGAUAGACUAUCUUUUAAUAAGCAAAAUUUGAAACCAUUUAAAGAUUGCUGUAUUUUAACUCAAUACCUGAUUUCCAAUUAUUCAUUUCCUCAGAUAAGAAGAAAUCAUCUCUACAAUGUAGACAAUGUUAUAUAUUUUAUAGAAUUUUGUUUUAAAUUGAGGAAGCAGUUAAAUUGUACUCUGUGUUUUACAGAUUAUGAGGAUUCAAAUUCUAAGUAUGGGCAGUUUUUUUUUUUUUUUCUUUUUAUAACCGUAACCAAUUUAAUUUUUUUUCUCUUAGUGGGAGAUGAUAGGGCACUUAUAAAAAGUGAUUUGGGAAAAUUAAGUAACAACAUCCUGGAGAAGUGAGAACAAUCUCAUUUACUAUCACUUAUCCAGUAGUGGAUAAUUGAUUUUGAUGGCUUCUUUUUUUGGCUAAAUGAUAAUUAAGCCAGGGUCUGAGACUGUCAGAUGCUGACUAUAUUUGCAUUGCCAUUAAAGAAUCAUAGAGGGAAAAAAAUCGUAAAAAUCUUUAUGAAUUAGGAUAAAGAGGUGUGUUUUCUUCUUAGCUGAAUGGUAAUUGGGGUCAUCUGCUAUUGACUGAGACAGUUGUGGUGGGAAAAUGUUUGCCACGUUUCCUUUCAUUUGAGUAAAUUGUCUUGUGUUUAGGAAAAGGCAUCUAUGGAUAAGCAGUGUUUUGGGUUGUCAGAUGUUGCUGACAAAUCACCCCACAACUUUCGUGGCUUAAACAACCCCGUCCUACUCCCAGCCAUUCUUCCAUCUGAGCGGAGCUCAGUUGAGCUCUUCUUCUGUUGGCCUUGCUGAUGGUUGCUCAUGUGGUCAUCACAUUGGCAGAAACUGAAUGGCUGGGCUUCUUUCUCUGUGUGCAGUCCUCUAGAUCUCCCCUUCUCCUGUGGCCUCCAUAGCAGGGUAUCUAGACCUCUCAUUUGCAGCUCAGCGCUUCCAAGAGCUGGAAAGCAGAGGCAGCCAGGCCGUCUUAAGACUUAAAGUUCAGAAGUGUCACAUCAUCCCUUCUACUGCCCUCUAUUGGUGAAACAAGGCAUGCCAGGCCAAGAUUCAAGAUGAGAGUGUGGAGGCGCAGUUCAUGGUGGGGGGUGGGGAGCAGGGAGGGCAUCAGUCUCAUAGAUUGUUAUAGCCAGUGCCAUGGAAAGUCAACUAUAUUAGCAAAAGUAGAAACCCUGGGAAGCUGAAGCUGCUUAUAAUAGGUGGUAGAAGUUGAAAGUCAAACUGAGGAGUAAAGAGAGGGCCUUUAAGAAGCUUCAUCAACCAUUUCUGCCAGCUCUGAGCAUAUUUUGUGAAGCAGCACUUGGGAAAACUGGUCUUGUCAGGAUACAUGUGUUUAGGGGGGGCAGAGCUUUUGAGAGUGGAACCACCCCAUCAUUGAGCACCCACAGACUGUGGGAAAUGUGACGCUUUCUUAAUGCCACCAGUUCUUAGUCAUACCACAGCGAGAAGGAACCGUCCUAACAGGCCUCCAGCCAGAUUGAAUUAGCUCAUUUUUGUUUUAGCCAAGCAGUAAGAUUUGCUAAUGUUCUACCUUAAGUGCCUUCUCUGAAGACAUCCUUCUUUGCCUAGUGUGUUGAAUCAUCACCCAAUGAGUAUAUUUCAAUGAAAAUAUCCUCAGUUGACUUUUUUGUAACAAUAAUAAAAUGCUACAGCAACUUUGCUGUGAAGUUGCGAUCUCCUCUGAUUUUUCUGGCUUUGGCUCCUGAAAGGAAGGCCUAGAUUCGGCCCUGGUAGUUAUUUUCUGAGGUCUUGCAGUCCCUUGAAUCCUUGAAGCAGUUUGGAGCUCAGUGGCUGCCAUGGUCAGAGACAAAACAUACUUUUAACACCCCCAUCAUACCUGCCCCAAAUUCAUUCAACUUAGAAUUGCUCAGAACACAGGUGUGGCCUGGAGGUCUUACCUGAGGGGAAUGCCUUGACUGCUGUCUUCCUGACAAGCCUGUAAAGAAAGAUUUCAGUUCAGUAUUUACAAUGAGUAUCUUGAAUCUUGUUCUUUUUAUUGCAUUAUCAUGUUGAAUCAUUCUCCAUUUUGCUUCAAUUUUGUAGUAAUGUCUUGACUUUGGGGACAAAGUCUUUCACCAGCAUACAAGGGUUUGAUUGUACAGAUAUAUCUGCUGCAUUAAUGCCUCUGCCUGUAGCUUAAGAUCAGUUAUUUUUGCACUUGGGAUGGAAAUACCUGAUCUUGGCUAGCUUUGUUUGUUAUAGAACAUUGAUUUCAUUUAGAUUUCCCUCCACAAGGUCAGAAAACUGUUAUCUUGUUAUGUAAACUUACGCCAAGACAAGAUUUAUUAGUCCCUAGGUUGCUAAGGUUUGUCAUGUGUUUGGUAAAAGGCGAUUGCAGGUUCUCAGAUUAGGUUACUUUAUGUGGAAUGGAAUCAGGCAGAAGGGCUGGGAUGGUGGGUGGGUGGGUAGGGGAGAUUGAGGUACAGAUUUUUAAAAAUAGUGGAAAUGAAAGUUCCAGAAGAUGGUUUUUGAGGAAGUGAAGGGGCCCAGGGCAGAGCAGUCAGUAAUGGGUGAAACAGGUGUGAUAGAUACACAUGAGUCUACUUUUAGGUUGCUGGUAGACACUAAAUAUUCUGUAGCUGGCUGAGUAUUUUAAAAUUAUAGGCAUAGGAUUUUAUAUUUAGGGUAUGAGAAUUAUCUGGCAUGUAGUAUUGGGUUUUCAAAAAAAAAAAAAAGCCAAAUUUCAGAGUCUUACUAGCUUUUUUUUACAAAAAUAAAAAAGAUACCUCGUGUCCAAUGUGUGGCCCUCUGAAACUUACAGUUGUCUCUCCCAUUGAAAUCAAUGUCUUUUCAAGUGUGGCUGAAUGGGGACGAGGAAAUAUAGAUAGGACUUGGCAUCUGCGUUCUUUACAGGGCCCAGUUGCUUUGGAACAGCCAAAAAAAUGGUCAAGGUUAUUUUUAGGGGUUAUUUUACUGGGGAUUUUAAGAACUAAUACAACAUCUUGAGUUAUUUCUAGUUCAGGGGAAUGUGGGAAGGUAUGCAAUUGUGAAGUGUUUUGUUGUAGAUUAGUAUCCAUAAAGGAAACUUAGACUAUAGACAUAAAUAUAAACCCAGUGCAGUUUUUGUUUUCUGUAUGUUGUUGGGGGAAUAAAGUUUUUUAUAUAGCAAGCACAUGGCCUCCCUGAUUUCAAGAUGCCUUUAUUAGGAUCUGUAUUACCCCUUCAUUUUGUUGAAAUCUUUUUCCUUCUUCCUCUUGAAAAAUAAGUUCCAAAAUAUAGUUCAUUGUAUUCUCCAUCACUAAAAAGUUUAUUUCUUUUUCACUAUGGGCAGUUCACACAAGGCAAAAAUAUUAGACAGUUGUUUUUAGUGUAUUGUAUAACUUUGCUGUAUAUCAAACUAAUUCUUACAAGUUUUCAUCCUAAACCUCAAAUCAUGUAAUUAAUAAUUUGCCUGUUUAUUUAUGACCUAAUUGUGAUUCUUUAUUAAUAAAAGCUAAUGGAAAAGAAUUCUUUAUUAAGCAGAUGACUAGACCUACAAUUAAUUUUCCUGCAGUAUAUGAAGAAGUAUUGUACCAGAGUAUUAAAAAAUAUGUAAUAUUUUAUUGAUAAAUCUAUCCUUUAAAAGGAAUACAUUUUAGGAUGUCAUCAUUUUGAUGUGAAUCAUGUAAAUGUUGAUAAUAUGCUGUUUAUUAUACAUUUAGUGUUUCAAGAGAUUCACUUAAUUGCCUUUUUGCCCACAUAUAUUAUGUAGUCUAUUUGCAGUUGUUUUUAAAAAAUGACAUUAAAAGAAUAGUUUAUGUAGAGAAACAUUAGUGGAUAUUAAUUGUCUCCCCACCUGUAUUUAUGGGUGUUAGUUCAGCUGCUUUGCUAGUUGCAAAGCUGUAUUAUUAGAAUAAAGUGUAUUUGUAAACUGUAUGGAACUAAAAAUUAGGAAUAAAACCAUUUUCUUAUAU